GUAGUUCAAGUGAUGGGAACGACUGUUGGCAAUUAUUUGUGUUCAAUACAAGAAAUCAUUGUAUUAGUAAGAAUUCCUCUAUUGUCUGCCAUGAAUUAAAAGAAAUACGAAAAUGUGUUUUAUAGUCUUUUAAGUCUGGCAGAUUUAAUGUACCGAACAUUUUUAUAUUUACAAGAAAUCAAGUGACAUUGAAAGCUAAGGAAUAAGGAAAUAUAUUUCCCAUUUGAUAGACCAUAUACUGAACAUGGAUAAUUUAGUGAUAUUGUUUAAUAAUCAGAUUGUGUAUAAAGUUGUGAAAUGAAUAUCUGAUGUCUGGUGAUUCGUGUAUAAGGGAAUGAAAAAUGAAUCAAUUUUGUGGGGUUGAAGUCUACUAGAUUUUACAAUGUCAAAGACACUAAGUAGACUGUCAUCAUCUAUCCACAAACGUAGAUCCUCUGGUACAAAGAUGACGAAGAUAAAAGACUCAGAUAAACCAGUGAUCUCCUCCCCGCUCAACUUUGAGCACACAGUCCAUGUGGGUUUCGAUCCUCUCACGGGAGAGUUCACGGGUAUGCCAGAGUCAUGGGCCCGUCUGCUCUCCCAGUCGGACAUCUCGAUAUCCGAGCAGCGGAAAAACCCACAGACCGUUCUCGAUGUUCUCAACUUCUAUGAGUCUUCAACCAAGAAGAAUGAUGAAUCUAAAUUUCUUACAAAUAUUAAACCCCCUAGUGCCAACUCUUUACGACCAACAUUGUCGGAAAAUAUGAGCGAGAUGUCUUUGAACAACAAUGCAACCACCGUCUUACCUACCCCAUGCAAGCCAGUGGAGACAUCAGGCCCGCCCACUCCUGAAGAAGAGGAAGAUGAGCCCCCUCCACCGCCCAUAGCCACUCGCCCAGAUAAAACCAAAUCCAUAUACACAAAACCAAUUGAAGAGGAAAAGCCGAAUGGCACGUUAGCGAACAAAAAUGACCGACCAAAGAAGAAGAAAAUGACCGAUGAAGAAAUUAUAGAGAAACUACGUACCAUUGUCACUAUAGGAGAUCCAAACAGAAAAUACACAAAGAUGGAAAAGAUUGGUCAAGGGGCCUCAGGAACAGUGUACAUAGCUAUAGAGGUAGCGACCGGGCGGGAGGUGGCCAUUAAAGCCAUGAACCUUUCCCAGCAACCAAAGAAAGAGCUCAUCAUUAACGAGAUCCUUGUGAUGCGGGAACACCAGAACCCAAAUAUUGUCAACUUCCUUGACAGCUACUUAGUGGGGGAAGAACUUUGGGUUGUAAUGGAGUACUUGGCAGGAGGCUCGCUCACGGAUGUUGUAACAGAUACAUGUAUGGACGAGGGACAGAUAGCGGCUGUGGCCAGAGAGUGUCUGCAAGCCCUGGAGUUCCUGCAUGAGAACAACGUGAUACACAGAGAUAUCAAGUCUGACAACAUCUUACUUGGAAUGGACGGUGGUGUCAAACUCACUGACUUUGGUUUCUGUGCUCAGUUGUCCCCAGAACAAAACAAGCGCUCCACUAUGGUGGGGACUCCGUAUUGGAUGGCACCUGAGGUGGUAACUAGAAAACAGUAUGGCCCGACGGUGGACAUCUGGAGUUUGGGGAUCAUGUGCAUAGAGAUGAUCGAAGGGGAGCCCCCAUACCUGAAUGAGAACCCCAUCAGGGCACUGUACCUGAUAGCCACAAAUGGUAAGCCAGAUAUCAAGGAGAAACACACACUAUCCCCAGUCUUCCAGGAUUUCCUAGACCAGUGUCUUGAGGUGGAUGUGGAAAAGAGGGCCAAUGCAUCUCUACUGCUGAAGCACCCAUUUUUACGGCUGGCCAAGCCACUGCUGAGCCUUGUGCCACUUAUAAUGGCAUCCAAAGAAAGUCAGAAGCAUUAACCAAAUACAAGAUGAUAUUUAGGUUUGUGUAUAAGUGCUAUGAUGAUCAGCUUUCAUGGCAUCUUCAGGUGUGGAAGUCGCCGUGUUAGGUAAUACACUGAUCUGACAGUUGUUUUAUGAAGAUCAGCUCUCAUUACAUAUGAUCAAACGUCAAUCCUUACAUAUGGGGCGUCAACAGAAAGUGAAGGAGUCUGGUUACUUCUUAAAAAUGAUCAAAUUUUUCUUACCACAUUUACUCGUACAUGUAUGCUGUGCAGUUUAUAUGCACUGCACUUGAAUCAAAUCAUUUUUUCUAUUGUACACAAAUAUUGUCAAUUAUAUCAUAAUGGCUUGUGAUUCAUCUGUUUUAUCCAUUUCGCUCAUUUUUCAUAUUGUGCUCAUCUGUUUUUUUAAAGAAAAGAAGUUGAGGUAUUGUUAUACUCUUGGUGUCCUUUUGUUGCAUUGUGCAAACACUUACUUUUGCCAUAUCUCAAAAACCUUGCAAGGUUUUCAUAUGAAACUUGGAACACAUGUUGCCAGGUUCAAGAUAUUCAUUUGAAACAUGGAACACAUGUUGUCAGGUUCAAGAUAUUCAUAUGAAACUUGGUACCCAUGUUAACAGGUUUAAAAUAUUCAUUUAAAACUUGGUACACAAGUUGCCAGGUUCAAUAUAUUUAUAUGAAACUUGGUACACAAGUUGCCAGGUUCAUGUCAAUAUGCACAUGUUUAGCCAGGCCCAUAACUAUUGCUUUAAUGGUUGUUGCACAUUGCUCGGAUGGGGAAAAAAGACAUGAGUUGGUGUUCGCUACACAGCACCCUUGUUAAUGUACAUUGUUAAUGAUCAUCCAAUCAUGUUUCAUCAUUUUGGCAUACAUAAAUCCAAUCAAAGUGUAAUAUACUGGUGUGUUUUGUGAAUAUAUGAAUUUGAAGUUCUUAAUUGUUUUUUUCAACAUUGCAAUUUCAUAAACUUCUCAAAUGCCAGUAAGUACUCAAGUGCAUGAUGUUAAAGUCUGAAGUGUUUUCUAUGUACAUCCAGUAGUAUUUUUAUUAGUUUUGGCUUCCAUUAACUUCCUUCCAUGUGGUUAGCAACAGAAAAAUUACAUUCAUGCACAGGGGGCCAUCUCAAUAAAUAUCUUGGUCCAUUUAAGUGACUUGGUCGAUUUAAGUUGUUUAUUAGAAUUAUCUUAGUGCCAUCGUUUCAUUAUUUUGCUACAUAUUUGUAUGAAAUAAACUUGAGCCAACAUUUUAAAUGAACAUGAUUGUUAGGUAAUGAAAAAAAAUGAGGUAUUGCCAUUUGUGACGGUUAUUAGAUAUAAAAUAAUUGAAGAUAUGACUAAAACUUGUAUUGAGACGGCCCCUGAACAAUACAUGUAUGUUUAUCAGUUUAAAAUUUCCCCCCAUUUUUACAUAAAAUAUUUCAACUGUUUUAUAACAUUGUGAUGUCUUAAUGGCCUACAUGUAUAUUAAUUAGUGUUUUAUUUUACAUCUAUCACAUUGAUAAUGAUAUUGUUCUAUGCAUAAAGCUACUCAAGUGUACAUGGAUACGUGUUUUCUAUUCAGUUGUAGAAAGUUGACUUAUAAACAUUUUAAGGCUGCCCUCUCUCAGAUUGGCCGUUUUGUCAACUUUUUUAUUUGUUUUAUUUUUUAUUUUGUUUGUCUUGAAAUACACCAAUUUUUGUGUUAAUGUUUGGAAACCAGUUCUAUAUUAACCCUUUGCAUGCUGGGUAAAUUGUCGUCUGCUCAAAAAUGUCAGCUGAUUUAUUCUAAAUUUCUUUCAAUUUACUUAAAACUUUGGGGAUAUAUUGACUGAGUGGCAAACAGCUUGGAACCAGACCAGACGCCGAGUUACUCGGCGUCUGGUCUGGUUCCAAGCUGUUUGCAAAGCCUUUAAAAUCGCCAUCAGCAGCCUAAGGGUUAGACUGAUGACAAAAAAUAAGAUCACAGUUUUUCAUAUUAAGGUUCAAAUAUUGAUGUGGUAAUGGCUAAAAGCAUUACUUAUGCUUUAAGAGAAAAAGUUUUUCGGCAGUUUUCCAAACAAUUGAGAUCUGUUCGGUCGUGAGGUUUCUUACAUGACUGAAUUGAAGUAAUUGAUGCCAAAAUCAGCUGAUUCUGAGACAAAAUUAAAGUUAAAACUAUCGAUCCGUGAGAGUGCAGCUUUGAUGGUACAAUGUUUCCCUAGUAUUUGUUAAGUAUGGGAAAAUAUUAGGGCACAUAUUCAGGAAAGACCUAGUGAAUAAUGUUUAACUUCUU